AUGAGAGGUGCUGCAGCGGCCCGUAGGCUCCUCAACAGGCCUACAGUCGCAGCACCUUAUUUGGCACGGCCUUUUGUGAACAUAUACGACCUAGAAGGCAACACGGAAGCACCCUUUCUCAGUGAUGCUAAUGUGAAGUAUGCUACGAAGCUUUUCGAGAAGAGGGUUAAUCCAAACCCAGUAUAUGUGGCUGACACUCUCGACGAUGCGCCCAGACGGAAGACCCCGCAGGUCGCUAUACUGGGUCAUUCGAACGUUGGGAAGUCCAGCCUGCUGAACUCGUUGCUGUACGGGCAGAUGGUGCCGCGAUUCGCCAAGGAUGUGAGAUCAAACGCAAAAAUGCUCAAGGAGCCCGUAUUUGCCCCCGUCUCAGACAACCCGGGUCGAACCAGGCACAUGUUCACCUUCGACCUAGGCGGAGAUCUGUCGCUGGUUGACCUGCCGGGAUACGGCUACGCCAAGGUACCAGAUAACCUCAGAAAUGAAUGGUCGGUGCUGGUCAACAAGUACCUGACGCAAGCACCAAGCUUGCAGAGGCUGCUGUCGCUCAUAGACAGCCACAAGGGUCCGGAAGAACUGGACAUCAAGUUGUGGGACAUGCUCCAGGAGAUGAGACUGCCCUUCCAGGUGGUACUCACGAAGUGCGAGGCGCUCAGGCCGCACGAGCUACACCUGGUGUGCCAGCGCACCGUUGAGAUGCUCAAGGCUUACGGAGACUGCGUCCACCCGUAUGUCCAUGCUACUUCCGCGCUUAGACAGCUCGGAAUAGCCGAGCUCAAGCUGUCGAUAGCACACAUCGCUUACACACACGCAGCAAAGCGAAAUUUAGUUCAAUGA